AUGACCAAUCUUAGUGAAGGUGAAGUGGCAAACCAGUCCAGGGUGAAAACAAGCGACAGUAGUGUCAUUUUUCGACGAAAUCGUGCUCUGGGCUAUGUUAGCAAUCACAUCCCCGCAGUCGUUCGUUAUAUCCAAAGACGCAAAGAUAAUUUGAUAACAACAUGUAUUGGAAGAUCGUUCCAAGUGUACACGGCAAGUCAUUUUCGACUACUCCAUGUAGGUGGCCAGCAUCCCGAUGAUAUCACAGCAAUGGCCACAGAUCGUUGGCACAUCUAUACGGCCAGUAACAAAUGCAUAUACGCCUGGCGAGCUGGCAAACAUGUGCGACACAUUUACAGGGGUCACAGCAAGAAUGUCCAUUUGUUGCUGCCUUUUAAUCGUCAUCUGAUUGCCGUGGACGAAGCCAAUGUACUGAAGGUUUGGGAUAUUAGGGAUGAGGAGGUGUAUUUGGAAAUACCCUUUAAACCGGAAGAAUUUUUGGUCACAGCUGUGGCCCAUCCUCCGACGUAUUUGAAUAAAAUAGUGUUGGGUUCCAAGCAGGGUCAAAUACAAAUAUGGAAUAUUAAGGACAAUCGUUUGGUAUACACAUUCAAUGGCCAUGCCAGCAGGGUUACUUGCAUUGAACCAGCUCCCGCCAUAGACGUUGUAGCGGUGGGUCAUCAGGACGGUACAACAACAGUGCUGAAUUUGAAAUAUGACGAAAUUCUUAUGGAGUUCAAACAAGAUUGGGGAGCUGUUUCGAAAAUAACAUUUAGAACAGAUGGACCACCGAUCAUGGCGACAGCCAGCACCAACGGAUAUGUGGCAUUUUGGAAUUUAGAGGAGAAAAAGAUUGCCAGUCAAUUGCAGGCUCACGAGGACUCUGUUACUACGGCCAUUUGUCUACCAAAUGAACCAUUGAUUCUCACAACUUCGCCUGAUAAUUCAAUGAAAUUGUGGAUAUUUGAUAUGACCGAUGGAGGGGCACGAAUGCUGCGCAUACGUGAGGGUCAUACAGCUCCGCCAUUGUGCAUACGUUACCACGGCAUGAAUGGACAAACGAUUUUAUCGUCUGGUGAAGACAGUUCUCUGAGGUCGUUUAGCACUAUAUCGGAAACUCUUAACAAAAGUUUAGGCAAAGCUAGUUAUAAUAGGAAAACAUCAAAGAAGAAGAAUCGAUUUGAAGAGGAUAGCCAUCGUAUGCCUCCCAUUGUAGAAUUUACCACCGAAUUGACACGCGAAAAGGAGUGGGACAACAUUGCGGCUAUUCACAGCGGAACCAUACAAACAACAACAUGGUCCUUCCACAAAAAUCGUAUGGGCGAACAUCGUCUGAUACCCGCUCAAUUUACAAAUAAGAAUCGUCAAGACUUCAGAACGGAAACCACAUGCGUUACAUUGACACAUUGUGGUAAUUUUGUUAUAAUUGGUUAUUCUAAUGGUGAAGUGGAAAGAUUCAAUAUACAAUCAGGAAUUCAUAGAGCCAGCUAUGGCAAACCGGCCCACUCGGCAGCCAUACGGGGAAUUGCAUGCGAUAACUUGAGUCAAGUUGUGGUAACUGGUUGCAGUGCAGGCCACUUGAAAUUCUGGCAUUUCAAAGAUAAAGUUGAGAAACCCUUUGCCGUAAAGAAACUAACAGAGGGCAUUGUAUUGAUGCGUUGCCAUCGUGAGAGUGCCAUGAUAGGAAUUGCUUUGGAAAAUUUUGUUUUAUUGGUGCUGGAUAUGGAUACCAAAGUUAUUAUACGUAAAUUCGAAGGCCAUUCCGCCAAGAUUAAUGAUGUCGCCUUCAGUCCAGAUAGUCGUUGGCUUAUUUCCGCAUCCAUGGAUGCCACUAUCAAAGUUUGGGAUAUACCUUCUUCAUACAUGAUCGAUCAUUUCCGUGUAGAGAAACCUUGUGUCUCGCUCACCAUGUCUCCCACUGGAGAUUUUCUAGCCACUGCUCAUGUCAACAAUUUGGGUGUUUAUUUGUGGGCCAACAAAAUGCUAUUCAACCAGAUUUCUUUGCGUUCCAUUAAUCCAAACUCGGUGGCACCAUUUGUGGGUCUACCCACAAACAUGGCGGAUCAAUUGAGUCUCGAAGAAGCCGUUGAAGAAUUGUCAAUGGAUGUGGACGACGAUGAGGAGAAGGACGACGAAACUUUGGGCGAUGAGGUUAACUUAAAUUAUGAAACACCUGAACAGCUAUCAAAGGAUUUGAUUACCAUGUCAGGUGUUGCAGUGUCCAGAUGGCAAAAUCUAUUGGAUUUGGAAAUUAUUAAGAAACGCAAUAAGCCAAAAGCUCCACCUAAAGCACCCAAACAGGCACCAUUCUUUUUACCAACGGUUGCUGGUUUAGAAAUGAAAUUCGAUGUUUCCAAUGCCAAAACAGACGAAGAUUCAGAAUCGAGAGUAUUCAAAACGACAAAUCUUAGCAACCUUACAGCUUUUGGAAAACUUUUAGAGGAAACAGCCAGCACCGAGGAUUAUGAAAAAUGUGUGAUUUUCCUUAAACAAAUAGGUCCUUCCAUGGUCGACUUUGAAGUAAAAUCUUUACAUCCAAUCGGUGGAGGAACUGUCAAGGCAAUGAUACAGUUCUUGAAAACACUGAAAUAUAUGUUCGAAUCAAACAAUAACUUUGAAUUAGCCCAAUCAUAUCUUAGUGUAUUUUUACGUUCACAUAGUACGGGACUAAUAGAAUUCCCCGGCGUAAUUAGCACCUUGGAGGAUGUGUCUGUAGUACAGGAGAGUUCAUGGCAAAAAAUUGAACAAAAUCUUAUGUACGGUAUGGGUGUAGUGGCGGCGCUGAGAAAUUUCGUUCAAUAAAUAUGAAGAUCACUUUU